AUGUCCGGGCACGGUCGGUCGGUGUUUGUGAACUCGUGCAUCAAGAAACCGCUCAGUCCUUCCAGUAAACGGCCCAAUCCGUCCUUUCUAGUGCCACAGUGCAGCCUGGACCGUGGGAUGCAGGAUCCUCGCACGCAGGACGCCAUGAGUACGAUAACGCGCAAGAAGGUCUCGACCAAGUGUCCGCUGGCCCGGAAUGGGCACUACCGUCGGUCGAAGUGCUGCUCUCUGACGCACCAGCUGCGCAAGGAAACGGACAACUUUCAGACCAUGGUGCAGUUCUAUGACAGCAUACCGGACUAUAACGAUUUGUUGCAUCUGCCGCGGGAGGAGUUUUACUGCCGGUUGAACACACUGAAGAAGAAACAGAAGGAGCUGAAGUCCAUCUGUUUUGUUGGGGACAGUGAGCUUAGGAAACGGUUCGGUGACUCGCCCCAUCUGGACCCGACUCAAGAUGGUUCUGGCAAGCAUGAAGUACAUGCGGUAGAAAAUCAUUCCCACGGACAUGUGGCCGAAGGUGUUAAGGACACGGACUGUGGUGAUCUGGCAACCGAGGAUGGCGAAUCGUUGCACUCAUGGAGCAAGUCUCCUCCGACGGUUGUGGACACUACCCAGGAUGUCAGUAAAACACCCGGACCGGUGCGAAAAGGAUCCGCGAAAUCGGUACGAAUCGAAAGCACCAAAGAGGACAGCCUACUGGACGGUGAGCUGGGUGAGUGCGGAAGACGAUACCGUUCCGGAACUCCGUAUGUUUCCGAUCCGGACGACAGUACGACGACAACGACGAAAAACGCCACACCCACCUGUGCGACGCCGAUCAACUCGGACUUUGUGGAACGGUAUGAUCGGUACGUGAAGCGCAAUCUGCGCUGUAAAUCGGCCAGUCCCAUCCGGAACCUGUCCAACGUCACCAUACCGCAGCCGUACAAGAUGACCCAGCGUGAGGACGAACAGCGCACCCUGCAGGAGUUGCUGCUGGCAAGCAAGAGCGCUUUUCCCUCCAGAGAAGCUUUGGUAGAGCCGAAGUCAUCGACGCAGUUCCGGGCGAACCCGGUACCCAUUACUUCGCGCAUUCCGCUGCUCGAUACCAUCAUGGCUGACCAAGAGAACCGGAGCAGGCUGGCGAAGUUGAACUCCGAAAUCGAGCUGCAGUCGCAGAUUAAACCGUUCCAUUUUUCCGAACGGCUUAAUCGCAUCCACAGUCGCUGUUUGAGUCGGAGUUUGUCCUCACCGGCACUCCUGAGCACGGGGCUGGAGUCGACCCGGGACGGUUUGAAUGGAACGAUGCGUACGAAAUUUAAAGCAAGACCCUGCCCUCGGAAGCUCCUUAGCAGUCACUUCCAAACCAAAGCGUGGGAGGAUGAAUACUUCCGGCAUCUGAACAAGCGGCUGCGGGCGGAAGAAAUGCUAAAACAGGCAACACUGCCCCCGUCGAUGGCUCGACGGGAACGAAGUGAACGGAAGAAUUGUCUCUCCCGGCAUUCGGGGACUACCGAUGAUACGGCAAAGGAACGGCCUGGUUCGAGCGGUUGCAAGAAGUCAAAACGCAAGCGAAAAUCGCGCAAACCGAGUAAACGGCGGAAAAGCGUGGAGGAAAAGUGUGCCGAGUAUUUUGCGUCCGUUUCCGAUCCGUCGAGGAUUCCCUACCCGACCAGUAAUUCCAGCUGCAGCAAUAGCACUGACAACAAUCGUGGUUCGGGUGAUACGCCAGCUCCCAUCUACCCGGUCAACAGGCCCAAUCUAGCGGCCACUUUGCGCACGGAAUGGUGCCGCAAGAAGCUGCGCGACCUGGAACUUGAUGAUUCUACCAUCGACAAGCAGAAAGUGCCACGGUUCCGUUGGGGAGUGAAGAAAUCUCAGGCAUUUCAAAAUCUUAACCUUGACCAUACGCACGAAGAGGAGUUAAACCUGCGGCUUGCAACGAGACGUGCAGAGCAGCGUUUACGUCAGGAGGAACACGCGAUCAACAUGGAGCUAAUGAGACAACGCGUUAAAGCGGCCCCAUUGCUGCUGGAAGGGCCACCACAAUGGGGCCCACGGUUAGGCCACGUGGCCCAUAGAUGCUCGAGCUUGAAUCGUGAGUCAGAGCAAGCCAUCUUCCGUAGCAAGCCGGACAAACUGACCAAGAGUAUAGCGCAAAAGAUGUCCAGUGCGGUGGGUUCCGGUCCAUCGGGGGUGAGCAAGAAAUGUGACUCUCCUAUGACGACAUCCAGCGGAAGUACCGGUGGUCACCAACAGCGUACAUCCGGUGGCCAGGAUCGUCGACACCGGUCAGCGGAGAAACGUCGUAAUGCGGGCAAUGGCAGCAAGCUUAGUACCUACUCCUGUGAUUCGUCUGGCAAAUUGAGCUACAAAGUCUGCGAUAGUGAGCUGCUGAGUAUAUCAGACGUUUAGGCGGGUUUGUGAGCUUUAGCUAGACAUGCAAGCACCGAACCGAAGUCAUGGUAAAUAGUCAAUAGUCCCGAUGCAAACGAACACACAAUCAGUAACAUAGCGAUCGAUCGGUUUUGCCACAUUUCGCGUGAUCAGGGUUGAUGUUGUGUAUUUGGUGGCUUUUUUGGGAGAAGCACCCGUUUAGCGAUUGUGCGAUUUGAUUUUCUAACCG